AUGUCUGUCACGUGUACAGAGACCUUGCCCACCCAUUACAGAGGAGCCCUCAGCUCGGGCUCUCCAAGAUCCGAGAGAAUCGGAUCCCUCAGCCUGAGCCGCUCCCCUACCUUUGGGCUUGGAGACUCCUUCGAUGCAGAGAGCUCUGGCUCUGGCUCUCGAGGUUCUCAGGCUCAGGCUGCUUUGGAGGAGCGGAUGGCGCCCUUGCCAUCGCUCUGCCUCGUAAUGUACUCUGGGUUCCUGUCAACCUUGGCCUUGGACAUCGUGGUCACCACGGUUGACGAGUACUCCAGAAAACUCGGAGCCGGGGCCCUCUUCAGUGGACUUGUCAUUGCGUUGACGCCUCUUCUCCAGGGCUUGAUCGGGGUCCCUCUCAACCGCUGGAUGUUGAAAUCCGCUUCCAUGAAGACCGUGAGUAUUCUUAUGGCUGCUGGUAUGGUUGUGGGACACAUCAUCUACGCCCUGGCCGGGCUCAUGCACUCGAAGCUGGCAGUGCUUUUCGCGCGCGCCCUCAUUGGCAUUUGUCAGUUUCAACUGGGUGCACCCAUCUACAUUGCAGAUGCCGUGGGUGUCAAGAAGCGGACGCCGGUAUUGUUUGUGUACUCUGCGGUAGCUACCUCGGCGCUGGCAGUGGCCCCAGCCAUUUGUGGUUUGCUAGAAACUUUCCUGCAUGAGCUGCGGGUUCAUAACCUUGUGCUGGACUCUGACACCGCCCCCGGUUGGUUCAUGGCGAUUGUAUACUUCUCGUACUUGUUGAAGGUGGUAUUCUUCUUCGAGAACCCGGAAAAGGCGCGCUCACUGGAACCCAGUCAUGCUACUGCAGAAUCGCCGGCGGAGAAGCGGGAGUCAUUGUGGACGACUGGCAUCCUUCUCUGCCUCUUAGCGGGCUUUGCAAGCACUAUGACGAACAUCGGGUGCAUGGUCUACUUCACGCAGCUGUCGCAGCACACUUGGCACUGGAGCUUGGCCCUGAGUUCCUGGGCUCUCGCAGGGCUCAUGGCGGUCGUCUGCGUGCUGUCGCUGGGGAGCAGCCGGCUUGUGAAGCUCGUGGAGGACAGGAAGGGCCUCCAGCUGAGCACGCUCGCCACUGCCAUCAUCUCCACACUCGCUUUCCACUUCUCGUCAAGCUGGUCCGCGGCCACGAUCACACUGACAUUCGUCGGUCUGCUGCUCCUCCAAGCUACCAGCUGUGUGGUCAAGAACUACGCCUAUGCACUGACGCCCAAGAUCGUGGCGCCGCACUUGAAGGAUCGAGCCGCAUCCUGGCUGCUGCUGGCACUGACCCUGGGCCGAGGAGUCGGGGCACAAGUUGGAGUGAUCUUCACUCCCGUGUCCUUUGCAUUCACCAUGCUGAGCACAUACGGUUUGCUCUUUGCCCUCGUUUCCGUCUUCCGAUCUCGAAUGAAGCAGCAUGCCAAGGCCGUGUAA